UCUAAUUGUAAACCCCGGCCAUCAAGUAUUAAUUGUAUGGAGUCUCCAAAGUGGCCAGAGAGUUUACCUAGCAACCGAAAGAAAGCUAUUCACGAACUCGUCCAAGGCCAAGAAUGGACCGAGAAGCUUCGUGAGGUCCUUGGGUGGUCGGACACUAGCAAUAAUCCUGACCCCAAAUCAAUCGACGGGCUACUUGUUCAGAUCUUGGGGAUGUUUGAGAGUACACUCUCAAUCAUGGGCUGCAACGAACAACCUCCCCUUCCAUCAACCGGAUUGCACGCUUUCCAUAGUCCGAAAUCAGAAAAAUUCGACGAGAGUCAUCAUGGGACUACUGUAAUACCGGUGAAAACAAAAAGAGGCUGUUAUAAAAGAAGAAAAAACGUAUUGACAUCCACAGAGAUAACUUCUAUUUUGAUUGAUGAUGGGCAUGCUUGGAGAAAAUAUGGUCAAAAGGAGAUUCUCAAUUCAAGAUACGAAAGGAGCUAUUAUAGAUGUACCUACAAAUACGAACAAGGAUGUCUUGCGACGAAACAAGUUCAAAAGAUUGAAGAUAAGCCAACAAAUUAUAAGAUAACUUACUUCGGACACCAUACUUGCACAAACUUACAACGAGCCCCUCCAAUCAUUUUGGAUAUGCCAGAUCCUAGGGAUACCUCGAUCCUUGUUAGCUUUGGAGCUAAGGGGCUCAUUGAGAAGAAACAAGUUGAUCCUUACUUCCCAACCAUGAAAAAUCAUGAACAAAGCAUGGAUACUCCCAUGUCUUCCAACACCAUUCAAUCGUGGGAUCACUUUACACAUGUUUCACAAAUUCCGGUGGAAUCAGUAUCUAUGAUUUCAUCAAGUUUUGAUGAUCAUGUGGACAUGAUAUCACCCGGGGUAUAUCCGGGGUUGGAUCAUGGGGACCCGACACUACUCUUAGAGUCAUAUUUACCAAUCACUAGAACAACUCAAGGUUAUCAUGAGAUGGAGCAUAUGAUCAUGGGAAUGAAUGCUUUCAAUGAAUUGCCUUAUUGAUAGAUUACAUUGUUCUUAUCAAACAUAUACUCAAGCUAUAGAUGGGCAUUCAUGUAUGUAAUCGAGCUCUUAUUUUACGGAUACAAAUCUGAAUUUGGGUAUUAGUCGAGCCUAGCUUACACUAUCCUUGAUAUAUCGAAUGAAAUCGAUAUCUACUUUUUAAUAGAUUGUUAAUAUAUGAAAUAAAAAAAGGUGUGGAUCUAUCAUAGUUGGUCCUGUUGCCUUAUUAAUCAGAGUAUAGCGUAUGUACUAUAUCAGUCUAUACGGACAAGUACUUGGACA